GCGCUCGCCUGCCUGCGCGAAGCCUUUGCUUGGGAGGCUCCGCACCUGAGCCCGGCCUGGAAGCGAAGUCCUGGGCGGGAAGGGCCGUUCGUAACUUUUUUUCGAUGAAAGAGGGAUGGGUACGCCAGCCAAGGAAAUUGCGAGUGCAGUUCUGAGUUGUUUCUAGCUUGGAGAGAGCAUCACCAUCUUGCCGAAGAGCGCGGUAGCGUUUGUGUUAAUGAAGCGUUGCAGUUAAUUGUGUGAGAUCUGCGUGAUCGCUGGAUUUUUCCCGAACGUACUUUCAGAUUGUCACAACAAUCACCCCAACUACCAUCAGAGCAAAGAUGCUGAGCUUUUUCCGUCGAACCCUCGGACGGCGGUCUAUGCGUAAGCAUGCGGAGAAAGAACGGCUGAGAGAGGCCCAAAGAGCUGCAACUCACAUCCCUGCAGCUGGGGAUGCAAAGUCCAUCAUUACCUGCCGAGUAGCGCUGCUGGAUGGAACAGAUGUCAGCGUGGACUUACCGGUACGAAAAAAAGCCAAGGGCCAGCUCCUGUUUGAACAGAUCAUGUAUCAUCUGGACCUUAUAGAAAGCGACUACUUUGGAUUAAGGUUCAUGGAUUCAGCACAAGUGGCGCAUUGGUUGGACAACACAAAAAGCAUUAAAAAGCAAGUUAAAAUUGGCCCACCGUAUUGUCUGCAUUUUCGUGUAAAGUUUUACUCAUCAGAGCCCAACAAUCUACGUGAAGAGCUAACAAGGUAUUUAUUUGUUCUGCAGCUGAAACUGGAUAUUCUUAGUGGAAAAUUGGAAUGUCCUUUCGACACUGCCGUCCAGUUGGCAGCUUAUAACAUGCAAGCUGAACUUGGAGACUAUGAUCCCGCUGAACAUGUCCCUGAACUGGUGUCUGAGUUCAGGUUUGUUCCCACUCAGACUGAAGAGAUGGAACUAGCCAUUUUUGAGAAGUGGAAAGAAUGCAGGGGGCAAACACCAGCACAGGCUGAAACUAACUACUUAAACAAAGCUAAGUGGCUGGAAAUGUAUGGUGUAGACAUGCACAUAGUCAAGGCAAGAGACGGCAAUGAUUACAGCCUAGGUCUAACGCCUACAGGAGUUCUUGUCUUUGAGGGAGACACGAAGAUUGGUUUGUUUUUCUGGCCAAAGAUAACACGGCUUGACUUCAAGAAGAACAAACUCACUCUAGUUGUUGUUGAAGAUGAUGAACAGGGAAAGGAGCAGGAGCACACUUUUGUCUUUAGACUGGAUCAUCCCAAAGCCUGCAAACACUUGUGGAAAUGUGCAGUCGAACAUCACGCCUUCUUCCGGCUCCGAGGUCCUGUCCAAAAAAGCUCAAGUCGGUCAGGCUUCAUUCGGUUAGGAUCCCGGUUCCGAUACAGUGGGAAAACAGAAUAUCAAACAACUAAGACUAACAAAGCCAGGAGAUCAGCAUCCUUUGAAAGGAGGCCCAGCAAGAGAUAUUCAAGACGAACACUGCAAAUGAAAGCACAUGCUGCUAAACUUGAAGAAACAAGUACUGCAAACAAUGCUGUUAUCAACCAAACUAACGGAUCACAAAGCUGGAAUGCAAAGCCAAACCUACCUGUCCUAACAGCAGUUCCUCCUGCCCCAGUCUUAGUGGAAAUAGAGAACCUCCCAAGGAGCCCAGGAGCCAGCCAGCAAGACAGGAAGUGCAUACCUCUUGUUGAUUUGCUAGACAGCGCAGAGUUGCCAGAAACUUGUGUUGAUGAUGCCAUAGGCCGUCAAGUUGUUGGCUUGGCAACAGGAGAUUCAGAAGAGACUGUUAGUUGCCCUCAUCCUGGCACAAAGGAAACUGUUGCUGAAAAAGCAGGCUCUGACCCAUUUGAAGACACAUUCCUAAAGCUGAAACAGCUGGAAACAGAGUGCAGCAGCCCCAUGUCAACUGAGGGUCCCAACAUAAACAUAAAUGUACAGGAUGAAGUGGUAAAAUUGACAGAUAAAUGUCUUAACAAUGCAAUUGAGAGCCCAAUCGCAGCAGGAAUGUGGCUUCCAGCAGAUAUCAAAAGCAAUAUCCUGAAGGCCCAGGCAGAAGCAGGGCACAAGAUCAUAAGAGAAGACAGUCUGACAGGUGUCAAGAAUUCCAAUAUUCAGGAUGCUGCUGCCAGGAACAUUUUCCCAUCAGGCAAAACACAGAGUAGUCCCCCAGCAACCAGUCCAGUAUUUCAAGACCCAAGAGAGCUGCAGAAGGCAAUCCUUGCCUCAAACACCUUUGUUCCUAGUGUGUUAAAUGAGGACAACGCUGCCUCUAGCCAUGAGGACCUGCUGAUUCCAGCUAAUCGGGCUCCAGCUGAGGAGGCUGCUGUUUCAAAGGGCACUCCAGAUGACCAGGACGUUUCCUUAACAUCAUUGGCAGAGAAUCUAAUUGAUUUUACAGAAGCCACACCUCGGGUGUCUUCCCAGCCCACAAUAACACCAAGGUGGAUAGUGCCAACUGGACUGAUUUCUAAUGGGCCUUUGGGAGAGGAUGUCACCUUGGCUAUGAAGGCAGUGAAAGGCAGCACGGAGACUCUGUUGCCAUCAGCUGGAAUGCCACCAUCCCAGCAGAUACCUGAAGUCCUUGCAAGUCCAGUUACUGAGGAUGCUACAAUAAGAAUGAAGUGUUUACUCACCACCGAACUCUAGGAGGAGUUUCUGCACUUCCCACCUUGUAAAAACUCCAACCUUCUAAUAUAUCUCCAAGAGAUCCUUCCAAAAGACUUGCUUGGGAUCAAACUCUUGCUGAACAAGAGUCAAACAGCCAGCUGGCUUGCUAGGAUCCAGGAAGAGACUUCUAAAUUUAUUGCAACCUAACUGGAAUUACAGUCUGAACCACAAUAUAAAACCACGUGCACGUUUGAUCUUCUCCCUCAGAAGUGAAAUACCACACUGGAGCUAGUUCUGAACGUGAGGAACAGAGUCUAGUUGUGUUGUGCUCACGCUAGGUUAGUCUUGCUUACGCCGUGCUGCCCCUCUCGUGCUGAGGGAAUUCCCGGGGCCGGUGUGAGCGGUCCCUCCCCGCCGCAGAGCCACGUCGGGAGGAUGAGGAGGACGCGCAGGGCCACCUUGUGGCCGCGCUACGUGCGGCGGCUCACGGUAGUGAUGACUCUUUGAUACAGCCAAGGACAUUUUCUUCUGUGUGAUUAUUCCCUCUGUUUUUCGUUGGUUUUACCAACACAUUCCCUCCUUUUUGGCCUUAAACCCCUCAAUAAUCCUUGCACCUCUUGUUACAGUACCUGGAAAGAAUGAAAAUUUAGUCUGUCAGUGACCAACUAUAAUGACUGGAUUUGAGCUGCUCAUUGCAACCAGGCAAAGGAAAAUUAACCUGCCAAACAGCUUAUAGCAUUAGCAGACUACAGCAGAGGUCCCACAUUUUGACACUGAUUAUUUCACUUCCUGCAUGACUCAAAUACCUGCAUUUUAGUCUAGAGAGAUGUAUGUUUUAAAUGCUGAAGCAGUGAAGGUAUGAGUACAGCUUACUUCAGGAACUGCUUAUUGGUUAGUUUUGUUAUCAUAUAGGACUAGGAAGGAAAAUAAUUUUCUUGUUUCCAUUCAUGCUGUUUCAGGGUGUUGUUUCCAGAUGCUGUGCUUUGGAAGUACUUAACAGGUAUGUUAGCAGCAUGAGGGUACAACUAGAUCAGUUCUUAACACCACCUCGAUUUCUGUUCCAAGUGUCAUCUAAUAGUUGUAUGUGGAAUAACCAACAGAAGGAAUAAGAUGAAAACAGAAAAAAAGAUUAAAAGUUCCUAUAAACAGUUCACUUCUUUGUAGAAGGAAGCUAGGAGCGCUUCAAGAGCACAUUCCACAGAGUUGGUGGAAGGCCUUUUGGUGUUCAGGUGAAGUACAGGAUACAAUAUGUACAGUUUGAAGAGAUCAUUUGAGUCCUGGGUGGCAGGAUCCCCAUGUGGAUGUGUAGAGGUGAGCACAGGGACCCUGGGGAUGCAGCCUGUGAAAAAGGUCAGUGCAGGGUCAGAGGGAGGAGAGAUACAGAAGCCUGAUGAUGAGCCCCACAUCUCCUGACAGGGAAGCACAGGUGAAACAACUGGGAUCUUUCUUAGGAAGGUUUGUACAUAUGACUGGGGUUGGGGGGUAUCUUCUACUUAGUGCUGCUCUUUAUAGCUAUCUAUAUACGUGUGGUUCUUAGGAAUGAUUUUGAAUGUGAAAGUUGGCUGCACAACUUCUUUUCUGCACACCGGCUGCGUGCACAUCUCUCCGUGUAGACAAAGAUUUGGACCAAACCAUUGUGGGUUGUGCAGGUAAGCUGGUGCCCGGCUAGGCUGCUUCUUUCAGACUAGGGCGUCCUUACUGCUGCUCUUGUGCUCUUGUUUGCAAGAUGCUGAAUGAGCAUGUUAGGAAGAAGCCACAUGACAUUUAUGUGGUCCACUGCCACUCCUCUAAACCCCCGAGGCCUUAACAGAGAAACAUAGAAGCCAUGGAGAGCUCUUAGGACUAAUGUACCAGUGUCUCUCUGCAGACAGUGAUUUGCAGCCCUUGCCUCAAGAACCAGGAGUCAAAACUGGGGGCAGGUGUAUCGGGUAGUCCCUCCAGCCAGCGCCUAAAGCCCGGCCUGGGCAGGCUGCCCGCUCCCGGAGCUGCUCUUCUGCACCAGGUGGGGAGUUUCUGCCCACCAACUGUUCAGCUCUGUCGUUGUUACUUCCAGUUGAGUAUUGGUGUUUUUUAAUACUUCUAAGUCUGAACCUUAUUGCAUAUUAAAAUGUAGAAGGUUCCAGAUUCAAAUAUCAAAUGUCUUAGUCUGGAUUAGUAAUACAGUUGCCAGCAAAGUUCCUGCAGGAAAAGGGAAGCUAUGGCUGCAACAGUCUGCUUCCUGCACAAAGCCAGGACUGUGUGGGGAAACUUGGCACUAGCUAUUGAUCUGUUUGCUCAGCAGCUGAGCUGGCAUUCGCCAGCUACAUGUGUUGGAUUUGUAAAUAGACAGAAUGCAGUAGCGUUUUCUGUAAGGCAUGUUUGAUAUUUGACUCUUCCCAUUGGGUUCAGGAGCUCUGUGAACUGUUAGCUUGAAUCCCUCCCAAAAAUAGAAUAACAGAAGUUUACAGUUUUACAGCACUGCGUGUUGAAUACCAUCCUUAGAUUCCUCCUGAGCACUCACAUAGAGGAGAUAACAAGUAAAUAACAUGUGUGGUGAGUGUGUCCCUCGAAAAUCUAAAUGGUUCCAAACAGCCAACUGUUAUUUCGGCAUGGCUGGGAUAGUGGUGAUCCGAGAGGAAUGUUGUAUUUACACACAUGUGCACACACACAAAUUUCAGAGGGUAAAGAUUUUCCUCAAUUGUUGGAGGACUAAUGCUUGAACCUAUUUAAAAAUUCAGAAUUUUCAACUGUUAAAUUGGGGACCUGCAGUUUCUAGUAGACUCGGUGCUGCAAACCCCUCUUUUCAGUGAUACCAGAUACUUGGAGGAGAUAGUCACUCCAUUUAACUCAAUGUAGCUUAUUUAGCUAAUCCAAAUCACUGUUUAUAUAGGGAGCCUGGCAAGACUAUGGCACCACAGUUGUGUGAUCUGAACAGACACAUCUGAACAUCCUGUAGUUUGGCAUCACAAUUGUGCUUUAAAACUAUAUAGGUAUCACGUUGUGUCAUGACUGGCUAACAGGUAACAUGGCAUUACUCAUCACCUGCAUUUUAUCAAACACAAAUAGGUAUAAUAGUUCCUGGGGUUUGUGUUAUAAAGUGUUAAUUAAUGCCUGUGUGCUACUGAGAAAAAGGGAUUUUCUUACCAUUGCUAUACUAUUGAUUGAUUGACUGUAAGGUCCAGUCAGCCUCUAAAAGUUUAUUUUGGGGUAUUUAUUUAAAGAGAUUUACAAUAAAACUUCUGUGUGAAUCUGAUGUUGGGAUGUUGGCCAACCACUUCAGAGCUGUAAGAGUUGGCAGGAAUAAAUCAAUGCAUGUUCUGUUGCAGUUGUUUGGAAAAAUUCAGCUCCCUGAUUUAAAAAAAAAAAAGUUCAAAUUUUUUUCCUAACAAAGUUAUCCCCUGGUGACUUACUAAUGCAUGUCCCAGCCUGUCCUCCCUAACUGGCCGUGUACUCUGUUGCUGCAUGUGUAUGUGAUGCUGAUCAGAGGUGGAUGCUUUUUUUAAGUCUAUAAAUAAAAAAUGAUAACUUAAACUAAAACCAUAAGUGAUUGGAUCUAAAACUAAAAGUGAUUUUACUCCAGUCACAUUCUUAAGUGAUUAAAGUAAAAUAUUUUAUAGAAAUCUUAACAUUUAUAAUAACAAAAAAAACCCAGCCUGUAUUUCAAACUGACUAAUCUGAGGGAGAUGCUGGAUCUUAGAAUGGCAUUUUGGUCUCACCCAUUUAGCCCAAGAGAAAGAGAGCAGAGAGUCUGCGUGUGCAGAGUACAUGGCAGCGGUUCUACAAGCUUUUGAGAUGGGUGUUAAAAACUCCCCUUACACCUGAAUUAAAGGAAUCUCUUUAGUUCAGUGGUAAUGGGGUUUAAUAUUAGGUCAGUCAUAGGACAUAAAAUAACUACUUACCUGCUGAUCAGUCACAGUUAAUGGAUUAGUUUGAAUGUAUUCAACUUUAAACUUAAAUUCCACAUGUACUUUGUCAAAGACAGCUGCAUAAAAAACAUGUUUGGGAUGGUUUUUUGAACAGAACUGACAGCACCAUUAGAGGAACAGUCCAGUUACACUUGGGUCUCUUUCCACAAACUGUCUUCAGCCCUUGCCUGUUAUCCCUUUGUUUGCACCUGGCUCGUUCUUGUUUCCUGAAGCAAAGAUGUAGAGUUAAGAUGAGCAUGUCCUUCACAGACAGCACUGGAUAUAUUUUUCACAUCGUGAACAUAUUCUGGUAACUCAAAUCUCCUACAGAUUAAGUGUUAGCAGCUCUAUUUCACGGCCAGCCGGAAUUUAAAGCUCUAGCUGGGCACAUACAGUGUUUGUUAGUCUAGGGAGUUGUAGUGUGUGUAUAUAUAUCUCUCUGUUAGACAUGGUAACGUCACAGCUUUCAAAUGCAGCUGGACAAUCAUAACUUAUACCAAAAAAUAAAAAUAACCCAUGCUGAUGGCCUUUGGGUGAUGCAGGUGUAGUCCGUGUGCGCUUGGUCCAAGCGUUCGCAAGCACAGGGCCCUUCCGCCGUGCCUGCACGGAGGUGGAGUUGGUGUGGUUCUUGGAGCACUGCGCUGCCUUGGCAGUGCUCAGGGGCAGACCCGGGCGGUCGCAGGGCCUGUGGAAAGCCAGGAUCCACCUGCAGCCUCCCGGGGGGUUGGGUGCGCCAGUGGGGAGUGGGCGCUGCCCCUGUCCUGAUGGUGACAGCGGACCCUGCAGCAGGGAGCCGCAAGGUUGUCCUACAAAAUUCACCUCCCUUUUACUGUUUGGCUUGAGCACUCUCCUUCAUAAACACACACACAGAGCCCCCUACCUGUAACUGGACAAACUUAUUUUUAAAAUACGUAAGAAUAUUUUUUUAGUUAGAUUUUUUUUUUUUUUUUUUUUGUUAAAGCCACACUAACUACUGUAUUUUUACCUUUUAUAUGUAAAGCUCGGUAAUAGCUCUCAAUGUAUAAUUUAUUUGUUGGUUUUUUUAUAAAACAAAGUGCACCCUCUUCUGUUUCACAAGAGUAGCGAUGUAUGAACUGUUCUAGGCACUGCACUGAGAUCUGUAUUGAAACUGUACAUGGGAACAAGAAGCUGUGAUUUGUAGUCCACUCAACCCAGUCUUGAAAUGUUUAUUACUGUAGUUUUGUCGUAAAUAUACCACAUCAGAGCAGAA